AUGGUCACACCGGCGGACGCACCGCCAGCAGCUCUCGCCCCGCCGCUCUCGCCCACCUCUCUCACUCGCCCGUCCCCGCCGAGACCGCCAACCCGCUCGAGCCAGCAUGGCUCGCCUGGGCCCGAACGGAGGGAGGCGACGUGGAGGGAGGAGCAGGCUGUGCUCAACCACCAGCUCAGGCUCGCAAAAGCCGAGAUUGCCAACCUGCAAGCCAAGCUCGGCAUCAAGGCGAACGGCGCGCCCUUUAACGUUCACUCGCCUCGCAAGACCUCCCUCCUCGCAGCCGACGCUCCUGUACCCUCGGGUCCGAACCGCAAACCAUCUCUCUCCGAUCUCUCAGCCUCGACGUCCUCGUCUUCUACCCCUCGCCGCACGUCCGGCGCCUCCGAAGCUGAAGCAGGCGGACCAGCCUCAUCUGCGCCGACUUCGCCCCCCUCCUCCACCCAUCCUUCGCCGCAACUCCCGUCUUCGCCUCGCACAUCGUCAUCUCCUCGAGUCUCCCAUGCGCCAGAUGGCGUGCCCGGACAUGUCGCCAGGAACCGCGCGCUCCUCUUAAACGAAGGACACGCCAGCAGCGAGACCCUCCAAAUUCCCUCGGCCGACCGCUCGCUUUCUCCCUCCUCAUCCGCAACGCUCGCACCCCCAGACUCAGCCGCUUCCUCCUCGUCUCUCCGGCCAUCGGGUCUCCCGCGCCCUCGCUCGCCCAAUCCCACCUCCUCAACCUCCUCAAACCCCUUCUUCGGCUCAUCCGGCGCCUCGCGCGAACGGCUCUCCAAAUCCGCUGCUUCAGCGCAAAGCGGAAGCGGGAAAGUGAUCAGUGGCUUGCAGAGCGACUUGUUGCAGACUAGGUCGGCGUUGGAGACUACGAGGGGACAAUUGAGGCUCAGUCAGCGGGCGGUUGAGGCGCUUGGGCGGCAAGUUGACGACUUGAAGGAGACGAAGGAGCGCCUGACAUCCGAGGUUGAAGGCCUGAACCGCCAAAUCACGCGCAAAGAACGCCUGCAAGACGAGGCUCUCCAGCGCGCUCGGACGGCCGAAUCGUCCCUUGCGAUUCUGCAGAAGGAGCAUGCGGAGUUCAAGGGAGGCGUGAAGGGGAAGAUGAAGGAGCUGGAGGAGGGGGCGAGGAAGGCGGAGGAGGCGAGGGCGAGGAGCGAGAGGGAGUACUUGGGGCUGAGAGACGGUCUGAGAACAAUGCAGGAAGGCUGGCGCGAAGACCUGAAGUGGCUGCGGGAGGACUUGGCCAAGUCGCAGCGCGAACUGGAGGCCAAGACUGCUAUGAUCUCGAAACUCCUCGCCGCCCGCACAUCCCUCUCCUCCACCAUCGACUCCGACCUCUCCUCCCUCCGCUCGACACACACAGCCUUCACCGAACAGCAUGCUUCGUCGACGAACGCGGCGCUCAAGGAGCUCAAGCUUCUCUCGACUCGAAGCGAGGCCGACACCCGGAGGGCGGAAGAGCUGGGUCUCGAGUUUGUGCGGCUGAGACGGGCGAUGGCGGAGUAUCGAGAAGGCGAGGGUGCGGAGGUGGAUGUCGGCGGACAAGAAGCGGAAGCGCAGGGCGGAGCAGCGGGUUAG